AAUGUUUGUGUCUUUUGUCUGUUUCUCGCUUUUCUGACAACCUUUGCUGACUUCUUUUCCCCUCUCUCUCUCUCUUAUCAUAUUCAUCAACAACAUCAUCAUUCUCAAUCAGAGAUGGAAUUGCAGAAACAGUUGCAGAGGUGGCAGCAGAGUAGUACUGAUGCCAAUGGUGAACUCAUGUAUGUCAAGGUCAUGACCGAUGAGCAGUUGGAAACUCUGAGGAAGCAAAUUGCUGUUUAUGCCACCAUUUGUGACCAACUUAUUGAAAUGCACAGAACACUCUCUGCUCAACAAGAUCUUGCAGGGGUUAGAUUGGGAAACAUAUACUGUGAUCCAUUGAUGGCAUCUGGUGGUCACAAAAUAACAUCGAGACAAAGGUGGACACCUACACCUGUGCAGCUUCAGAUUCUUGAAAGAAUAUUUGACCAGGGGAAUGGAACUCCAAGCAAGGAAAAAAUAAAGGAGAUAACUGCUGAACUGGGCCAGCAUGGCCAAAUUUCUGAAACAAAUGUGUACAAUUGGUUUCAGAAUAGGCGUGCUCGAUCCAAAAGAAAACUGCAAAAUGUGGCUCCUACCAACACUGAAUCAGAAGUGGACACUGAGGUUGACUCUAAGGAUAAGAAGACAAAACCUGAGGAUUUUCAGUCCCAACUUAACAUAACAACUUCUUCUGGAGGGACUCAAAAGUUGUGCUUCCAGAACCACAACCCUCAAGUGUACUCUGACAUGCACUACUUGAACACAGAUUCUAACAACAAGCCAUAUUCCAUGUUCCCAUCAGAUGCUACUCUCAAAUCCACAACAAAUUUGACUCCUAUGUCUGUCUUUAAUGAGGUGCUGUCAAACUCAAUGUCUUUUUAUGCAGGGAGUGAGUAUGUAGGAGGAAAAAUGGAAGUUGCUGGGACUGUAAGCUACAAUUUAUUCCACCAAGCAGGAGACUGCAAUCUCACGGGUUGAUAGUGUGAUCUGUGAAGUGUGCUUGUUGGGCUUGUGUUCAUGUUCAUGUUCAUGUUCAUGUUCAUCAUAAAUCAUAUAUUCUGAAUCAAUGCAGAACUCUAUGUAAUAUUUAGACAUCUUUUAUUAUAUUUACUGAAAAUCUGUCCAGAGAAGAGCAUAAAAAUGUUACUUUAAUUAUUACCUCCCAAUAUAUUGCAUUUUCAUUGUCUUGAUUGUAUUUAA